AUGCUUCCUCAAGCUCUUCUCUCGCUGGCUCUCGUCCCGUUGAUCGCGGCAAGCCCGACGGGUGUUCAAAGUCGCCAAUACAUUUCGGCCACCGACGUUGAUGACGGAAAUUGCAAAAGUACAAUGUUUAUCUUUGCUCGAGGAUCCACCGAAGUGGGCAAUAUGGGCACCGUCGUCGGUCCAGAGGUAUGCGAUGCUCUGAGCACCCAGCUAGGUGGUGAUUUAGGUUGCCAAGGUGUUGGCGGUGCAUACACAGCUGGACUUGGAGAGAACUUCCUUCCCCAGAACACUGCACCACAGGAUAUCCAAGCUGCCGUGGAUGAGUUUAAUUCGUGCAAUACCAAAUGCCCCAACGCAAAGAUCGUUGCGGGUGGAUACAGUCAGGGAAGUGCUGUCAUGGACAAUGCUAUCCAGAAGCUAUCCAGCGAUGUCGUCGCUAAGGUCAAGGGCGUUGUCCUGUUUGGCUUCACUCGGAAUUUGCAGGAUGGUGGUCAAAUUCCUAACUACCCGAAGGAUCAAACUAAGGUCUACUGCGCUGUGGGUGAUGAAGUCUGCGAUGGAACCUUGAUUAUCACUGCAGCCCAUUUGACUUAUGGCGCUGAUGCUAGCGAUGCUGCUACUUUCCUUGCCUCUAAAGUGAAAUGA